CCCCGCCGAGCGCCUCCCGCCCGCGACCCGACCCCGCCGCGGGUGUCCCCUCUGGUGACGCUCAGUACGCGCGUCCGCGGCGCUCCCCCGCCCGUCGGCCCAGCCCGACCCGGAGCGGCGCGGUCCCAGCGCGCAUGGGGGUGGUGGAGGCGCUGGGCGCCGGCGCGGCGCGGCUUCUCUUCUACCCGUCGCUGCUGUACACGGUGGCGCGGGCGCGGCUGCCCGGGUCCCGCCGGCCCUGGUUCCACCGCAUCGACGAGGUCGUGCUGCUCGGGGCGCUGCCGCUGCGGGGGCGCAUCAGCAGGCUGGUGGCGGAGGAGAACGUGCGCGGCGUGGUCACCCUCACCGAGGACUACGAGACCCGGUUCCUCUGUUUUUCUCCCCAGGAAUGGGAGGCAAUGGGAGUGGAGCAACUGCGUCUUAGCACUGUGGAUCUAACUGGAGUCCCCACCUUGGAAAACCUGCACAAGGGCGUGGAGUUCAUCCUGAGACACAGGGCCAGUGGUAACAGUGUCUAUGUGCACUGCAAGGCAGGACGUUCCCGCAGUGCCACCAUGGUGGCAGCAUACUUAAUUCAGCUGCAUCACUGGAGCCCUCAGGAAGCAAUAGAGGCCAUUGCCAAGAUUCGUCCCCACAUCCUCAUUCGACACAAGCAAGUCCAGGUCCUGGAGAAAUUUCACAGGAACAUGAUCACUGGGACAACUGCAUAACUUAGUAAAAACGAAUCAAAAUCAGAAGCAAAAUCCUCAUUUCAGCUGCUAUAAAAAAAAGGUUUUAUGAUCUAACAAAAGCUUAAGGGUUUUCGUUCUUGACAGUCAAUAAAGAACAUUUUAUAGUAAAGGGGAAAUAGGGCUGUUUCAUUAAAGAUUUCUUUCCUUAUGGCUAAUA